GGCUCAAGGGGACCUAUUUCCAGCCAAGGGCGAUCAAAUAAAAAAAAAUACAAUUGUUGCAAGGCAUAAGUCACCUAAUAAUCACAGUCAUUGUUCUACCUUCCACUAGUGACAUAUUACUGGUUAGUGUCCCUGGGUUGGAAAAUGGUGGCUUCUUUGGCUUGCUUAAUCCAAUGUUUGGAAAGAACAAUUUCUCCAGAUAGAAAUAUAUUGGCAGAAGCCCAGUUAGUUUUGGAACAGUGUGUUCAGGAAAAUGUGGGCCAAUUUAUUUCCAACAUGUCUAUUGUGCUUGCUGAUUCGAAAAAUUCGCCUGUUGCUCGCCAAGCAGCUGGUCUCCAACUGAAAAACUGCUUGACCGUCAGAAACGUGUCUCUAAAGGAAGAGCAUCACAGACGAUGGCUAGCACUCCCACUUAAAACUCGCAAAGCCAUACGUGAACGUUUGAUUUCAGCUUUGGGAACCGAAAAUGUUUAUCCGAGUUGUGCCGCACAGUGUUUAGCUUGCAUCGGAGCAGCUGAACUUCUGUCUUCAGAAACCGAAACAUCUUCCGAUACUACAUCUUUGGGCGACCUUCUUUCGGUUCUGGCUAACCUUAUUGGUCAAACAGCUAAUGAGCAUUGUAAAGAAGCAGCUUUAGAAGCAUUGGGCUACGUUUGCCAGGAAGUGAAUCCAAACGUUCUCAGCAAUUUUUACACUUCUAUUUUGACUCCCGUAUUAAAUUCCAUGAUAAACAACAAAUCAACAAAAAGGAUUCGUCUAGCUGCCGCUCGUGCACUGCUCAGCUCGUUGGAAUGCAUCCAUCCUCAGUUUGAGACAGAGGGGGGUCGAAACAUAAUCAUACAAGUUACGUGUGAUGCAACACAAUCGCGAAUUGCGGAAGAAUCCGUGAUUUCGUUAGAAAUUUUGGUAAAAAUUGCUUUUUUCUACUAUCAGCACUUGUUGGAUUACAUGGAUCAAGCCAUCGUGCCUAUCACUCUGAAUGCCAUUGUGUCGUCCGAUUCAAAUAUCGCAAUGCAAGGCAUAGAAUUUUGGUCAUCUGUAGCAGAAAUUGAGCUUAAUUUGGCUUCUGGGGUCUAUGACCCCACGUUUGCGGUUCCAAAAUCAUGUCAAUAUACAGAAAAGGCAUUGCCUAAGCUAGUUCCCAUACUGAUGGAGGCACUUGUGACUUGGCAAGAUUUGUCCAACGAUAUUGACGAUUUGGAAGACUGGACACCGUUCAAGGGAGCAUUUUCGUGCUUGAUGUUUCUUGCGCAAUGCUGUCCGAAUAUCAUUGAUCUUUACAUUAUUCCAGAAGUUAGCAACCGCAUUAAGCAUUCUGAUUGGCGACAACGUCAUGCAGCACUGUGGGCAGUUAUUGCCAUUAUAGAAGAAAUGGGUACAGAGAAAGCUUAUGAAAAUCUUUUACCGUUGAUGGCACCUAUCUGGGAGUUGACAGAUGAUAAAAAAAGUGACAAAGUUCGUUAUGGAUCUCAUGUACUAUUGAAUCGAAUCUUUGAACUUUGCCCUGCUUUGAUUCCUAAAGCUCUUCGACCAUUAAUUAACGGGUUGCUCGAACAUUUGGAUGACAACAAGGAACAAGUUGCCGCUGCAACUUGCAGAAGUUUAGCCUCGCUAGUUAAAGUUGUCUUUAAACUAGUAUCAGAGAAAAAAGAUGGGGGAAAACCCUUGACGUUUUCCUUGUCUCGUUACUAUAAGGAAAUUACUGAAAAACUCCUGAAAUGUGGCGAAAUGUCCAGUGAACACCUGCAAUUUGCUGCUUACCAAGCGCUGGCAGACAUACUUGUAAGUUCACCUCAUGAUUGCUAUGGCAUUGUCAAGAGUACUAUUCAAACUUUACUCCGAAAAAUUCAAAACUUGGAGGAUACGACAGGACAGCAAUAUGUCAUGUAUGGAACGUUAUCGCGAGCACUAGCUCGCUUGGAUCUAGACGAAAAUGCAGUCCCAUUACGCCAUGAAUUUAUGUCUAGCCUUUUAUCAGUUCUAGAAGCCGGAGUGGUCAAAGAAGAAAUUUUUUUAGCAACCUCUUGCGCUAUUUCGUUAUUGGGUCCUACAGAAUUGAAAGUGCACUUGCCAUCACUAACAACUUAUUUCAAAUUAGCAGUUGGGUUGCCGGACGUUCUCCCUCUAAUAGUAGGCCUAAUUGGCGAUCUUUUUCGAGUUCUUGGAACUGAGUCCUUACCAUACUUGGAUUAUUAUUGGACGACAAUAAUCGAUUUACUAAACCAAAAAGAUAUACCUACAAAGUUACGUUCGGAUUGCAUAGCAACAUUGAUGGAUAUGGCCAAUUCUGUAGGCGUAUUACAUUAUCAACCAUACAUAGCCCCUACAUUGAAUCAGCUUCAGAACAUUGCAGGCAUCACUGUCAAAAACGAUACGGACCAUGAAGAGAUCCAGGAGAAUACAUUAAAACUGUACACCGUCCUUUUUAGCUACACCUGUGUUGACCAAGAGUUCGGUCAACUUGAACAAAAUCUAAAACUGGAAUGUUCUUCUCGCCUUUUAUUGAUGCAUGAGUGCCUCAAGAGUGUUUCAAAGUUCAUGGAGGACAUCAUCGACGAAGAAACUUCGGACAUAGUCAUAAUAGCAGGUGGCAUUCUUGUUAGCCUCGUCAUCGCUAGAUUGGGUGCCGCCAAAGCUAAUACACAUACUUUGAGUUAAACUUGAACGCUAGUUGGUUACUAAACGCUGCACUUCAUUGUGCGAAUUCCUUCGAAUUCAGCAGUUAUGAAUGCAGUCAAAUCUGCAAGUCUGCACUAUCUGAACUAGAAGAUUAUAACAUUGUAAAACGAUUAAUUCCUAAUUAAAUUUUUGUCAUAUGUCUUUGCUGUAAAAUAGAUAUUCAUAAGGUUAUAAUGUAUUUAAAUUAAGAUCAAAGUAAAACGCAUUAAAACGCAUUCUCUGGGUUAGUUUUCAUUAACCUGGAGUAAUUAAUGCUACCGAAUAUUAUUUUAAUGGUCUACACGGAGGCUAUGAACGGGCAAGCUCCUUGAUUGCGUUCUGGCUAUGACGAACGGCAAUGAGGUAAACAAAGUUACUUCCUACAUGGUUGCUGUUUUCGGUAAUACAAAUAGACUUGCACCAUAAAUCGCCAUGUGGUAUAUACAGCAUUCCAUUGACCUGGACAUGGAAGCUUAUAUAAAUAUCCUAUCACAACAAAGGAAACUCGAUAACAAAUUAAGACGAUAAUGGGGAAGUCAAUCUGUAAUUUAACCUUGAGUUUGUGACUUUUGCCUGAAACCCGAUUGUAUCUAACGUCAUUUUAACUUUUCUGUUUCUCUAACAGAAACAAUUUCAUCCGAGACCUGUGUAUAGCAAGUUGCACCAGCAUUUCACAGCAACAAGAGCUUUUUUAAUAUCCAGGUCCCUUAUGCAAUACGUUUUUUUCCCUCGAAUUUCAUUUAUGCUAUUUUUGUUUUCAAUCUCCGUCAGUACAAGGACGAAAGUUUUAUUUUCCUGCGUCAACGCCGGAUUGCAUGGGUGUAUAAAUGCAAGAUGUACGAAUGAUUGAUAUCUGUGCGCAUCGUUUGGAUUGGGUUCGGAGUCCGAAAAAUAGUGUUUUACAGUGCUGAGGAAUACUACAAUUGUUCAUCCGACAGGUAUAAGAAACAAACAUUCCAUCCGUCUUUUGGCUGUGUCAUACAACGUCAUCCAUUUCACGGUCAAGGAAAUGACGGCUGGCCGUAUUACAAAAACAAGUUUUAAAUAACGUUGUGCUUUCAGUACGAUAAACAUAGGUUUCUCGAGACAGCGGCACGCACGCAGAAAUUGCGUGCCGCGUGUAAGGGAGCAACCACCUUGUAUCAAUGUAGGAAGAAUCGAACACCACGGGUUUCGGUCAAUUUGGAAAACAUUCCUUUAAUGGAAUAACAUUAACAAACAUGAAUUAUUAUUCAUUACGACCUCUCGUUUAUAUCAGGCGCAUCAAAAUUUCUUUAUAUUCAGCUUUAAUUGUAACCUUACGGUACGGAAUAUUUCCUCAUCAGUUGGCCCGUACGAGUGCCUGUUCCCUGGGUUUUUUACGAAAAUAGGAGGAUCUGGUUCGGCAAUCAAGGUUUGGUUCUUGCCUGGAGCAUAGUUUUGUGACCAGAAUUUGCCUGCCGACGUGACUUGUUUGACUGGGAAUGUUUACCUGUUGAGUUGGAGUUGCACCUAUCCGCCAAAGCAACAUAAAAGAGCAUGAAUUUGAAGAACAACAACGCAGCAAACCUGCAGUCGUGGCUAUAUUAAGGUGUCAAGUGCCAUCAGUUGCUCAAAUAACAACCUCGCUCAGUUCGAGAAAGCAUCUCCUUCACUCACCAACGCGCAAGCUUUUCAACAUGAAGUACUUGGUAAGCUUAAUCGUUUUGAUAGCUGUCGUCUCGGUGGUGAAUUCCCAGUCCACAGCCAAACCUGCAGCUUCCACAACGAAACGUACUGUGGCAACCACUGCUAAACCUGGGGCAUCCACCACUAGACGAACAGUAACUACCACCAGACGCCCAGGCACCACCACGAGACGUUCAGCCGCUACCACCCAAAGAGGGGUGACAACUACCAAACCGAGGACUACAACCGUCAGACGGACAGGCAGCUCAACAACAAGGCGUGCAGUCACAACAACUAGGCGUCCUUCCUCGACCACCAGACGCGCGGCAACGACGGCCAGACGUAGCAGCACCACCACGAAACGUGGCACCACGACAAGCGGAAGGGUAGGGAUGAGCACAACUAAACGCAUGGCCACUACCACUAAACGCGCAGCUACCUCUGGUUAAGCGCCUGUUUUUCAUAUUAUUAGACCUGUGCACGUAUACUAGCCAGGCACCAUUGUUUACUGGGUAACCCAUCAGGUUGUCUGUUAAUCUAUUCUGAAAACAAAAUUUUUUAAAAUUGGUAUUGUUAUUUAAUAAAUGUGAUCGGCGGUAAA